UUGGCUUCAUUUCUCUUUUACAGUUGAGUACAUAUUUUUAAUGUGAAUUGUGCGCAGAGUGCCAUGGGCGCUAUUACAUCUCUCCACCGGUAAUUGCGAACUUUCCUACCUUAAUUCUUCCGCUCCACGCAUUCAAGUUUCUGCAGGAUACCAUGGCCUCCUCUACAAAAACAGACUGGACCGUCCAGUACGACACUCUCAGACGAGAGCGUCUAUUUAGACACCCGCCAAAGGACCACACCGCGUAUCCGAUGCUCGCUGCCGCCGUUCGACCGCAUAUCGAUUCCUUCAAUGCGCUCUUCGACGAUAGCAAGGUUAUGGAGGCUGCCCUGAAAGACAUUGGCACAAAAACAUUCCUCGACGGAGUCCCAGAGACACCGGAGCUGAGGAGGCAAAGAAGGGAAGAAGGAAAGCGAGCUCCGCGGAGGAAUAGGCUCAGCGUUCGCGUCACAGAACUGUUUUUGGAGAAAGCAGUGUUGCCAGCGUCGAACAAGUUUACCACUCGGAACCGUGAAAUCUUGCCGGCGGAAUGCCGCGAGAGACAUGCUACAUAUCGCGGCAGGUUGAGGGCUAGAUUAGAAUUCAGAGUGAACAAUGGAGACUGGAAGGAAUCGGUUCGGGAACUGGGCCAGGUCCCCAUUAUGUUAAGGACAAACAGAUGCCAUUUGGAAAAGCUCACUCCGUAUCAAUUGGUUGAGCGCAAAGAAGAAUCCGAGGAGUUGGGCGGGUACUUCAUUGUCAAUGGCAACGAGAAACUCAUUCGAAUGUUGAUCGUAUCGAGGAGAAACUUUCCGAUGGCAAUCAUCCGAACGUCUUUCACAAAGCGCGGGGCGUCAUAUACAAAGUUUGGUGUGCAAAUCCGAUCCGUCAGACCUGAUCAGACCUCCCAGACGAAUGUUCUUCAUUAUCUUAGUGAUGGGAAUGUUACAUUUAGAUUUUCUUGGAGGAAGAACGAAUACCUUGUUCCAGUUGUGAUGAUCCUGAAGGCUCUUAUCGAGACGAAUGACCGGGAGAUCUUUGAGCGCCUGGUUGGGAGAGAGGGCUCUUUGGGAAUAAAUAAUACGUUCGUUACGGAUCGGAUGGAACUCCUAUUGAGAACUUACAAAGCCUACGGUGUCCAUUCGAAAAGCAAAUGUCGAGCAUACCUAGGUGAGAAGUUCCGGUAUGUUUUAGGAAUGGCGGAUAACGUGUCGGACGAAGACGUUGGCACAGAAUUUCUUCGCAAAAUAGUUCUCCCCCAUUUGGGAAACCAGAACGUAACGGAGCCCCAGGACAACGACAAGUUCAAUAUGAUCCUUUUCAUGAUUCGCAAGCUUUACACCCUGGUGGCUGGGGAUUGCGCGCCUGAUAAUCCUGAUGCAGUUUCCAACCAGGAAGUUUUACUCGGUGGUUUCCUUUACGGAAUGAUCCUUAAAGAGCGCCUGGAGGAAUGGCUACGAUCAAUUGGGCCUUUAGCACGAGACUGGAGUAACAGGAAUCUAGGCGCGCUGUUCACUGAUCCCAAAUUUGAAAAGGAUUUCCUAGGCCGCAUUGUAGCCAGGACUAAUGAAAAUCUUGGUGGAGCUUUGGAGUAUUUUCUAUCCACUGGAAAUCUUGUUAGCCCUACUGGUCUCGACCUUCAACAACCGUCAGGUUACACUAUUAUCGCCGAGAAGAUUAAUUUCUACCGUUUUAUCAGCCAUUUCCGAAUGAUUCACAGAGGUAGCUUCUUUGCGCAACUGAAAACCACAACCGUGCGAAAACUUUUACCGGAAAGUUGGGGUUUCUUAUGCCCGGUCCAUACCCCUGACGGUAGUCCUUGUGGCCUUCUUAACCACCUCGCCCACAAGUGCUUGAUUGCAACAAGCAAUUUGGAUGUUUCUGGGAUUCCGGAGAUACUAUCAACUCUCGGAGUCGGCUCAGAGUCAUCAUCCUCGCUGGAGGAGAGUGUUGCUGUGCUAUUAGACGGCAGAAUAGUUGGGUAUUGUGCACCAAAACAGGCUCGGGUUAUAGCGGAUACUUUGAGACACUGGAAAGUGGAAGGUCACCCGAAGAUUCCUACGGAGCUUGAAAUUGGCUACGUUCCGAACUCUAACGGUGGUCAAUACCCUGGCGUUUACAUAUUCUCCCAGUGUGCCAGAAUGUACAGACCGGUGAAAUAUCUGCCGUUGGAUAAGUUGGACUAUGUCGGUCCAUUUGAGCAACCGUUUAUGGAGAUUGCCUGUGUGCAGUCUGAGAUCACUUCGGGGCUCUCUACGCAUGUUGAAUUCGAUCCUACCCAUAUCCUCUCAAUCCUCGCCAACAUGACCCCGUUCUCUGAUUUUAAUCAAUCUCCCCGUAAUAUGUACCAAUGUCAGAUGGGUAAACAAGCAAUGGGUACGCCCGGGACAUCGAUAGCCUAUCGAACAGACAACAAGCUUUACAGGCUACAAACGGGCCAGACACCAAUCGCCCGGCCUCCGUUGUAUAAUGCCUAUGGCCUGGACAAUUUCCCCAACGGAAUGAAUGCUGUUGUGGCAGUCAUUUCAUAUACAGGUUACGAUAUGGACGAUGCUAUGAUUAUCAACAAAUCAGCCCACGAACGUGGCUUUGGAUAUGGAACCAUCUACAAAACUAAAAUUUACGCACUCGACGACAAAGAAGCGCGUGGUCGCGGUAAGUCAAGGCGCGAGAUCACCAAGUUAUUUGGGUUCGCACCGGGGGGUCUUGUCAAAGCCGAAUGGCGCAAUCACCUUGGCGAGGACGGUCUGCCUCAUGUCGGAGCGAAGGUGGCGGAAGGUGACAUUAUCGCAGCAUGGCAUACAGUUCAGUAUGACCCAGCGGCAGAAACCUAUCUUAAUGUGGACAAGGAGACGCACUUCCUCAAAUACAAGGACUCCGAGGAAGGAUACAUAGACAGCAUUCGAAUCCUUGGGGCGGAGACAGGCAACGAAGCUUGCCAGGCGGUCAGCAUCAAGUACCGCAUUCCUCGUAAACCAGUCAUUGGAGACAAAUUCUCUUCUCGCCAUGGUCAAAAGGGUGUCUGCUCUCAACUCUGGCCGGCUGUCGACAUGCCUUUCUCCGAAUCCGGUAUUCAACCCGAUGUUAUCAUCAACCCUCACGCUUUCCCUUCCCGUAUGACAAUCGGUAUGUUCGUCGAGUCACUUGCCGGCAAAGCGGGCGCCCUUCACGGUCUCGCGCAGGAUUGCACACCAUUCCAAUUCUCCGAAGAGUACACCGCAGGCGACCACUUCGGUGAACAGCUCCGCAAAGCAGGCUACAACUUCCACGGCAACGAGCCCAUGUACUCCGGCGUCACUGGCCGCGAAUUCGCUGCGGAUAUCUACAUCGGCGUCGUCUACUACCAGAGACUUCGACACAUGGUUAACGAUAAAUUCCAAGUGCGUACCACCGGUCCCGUCAACGCUGUGACAGGCCAACCCGUCAAAGGUCGUGCCAAGGGUGGUGGUAUCCGUGUUGGAGAAAUGGAACGUGAUGCUCUUCUCGCACACGGUGCGGCGUUCUUGCUUCAGGACCGACUGAUGAACUGUUCUGACUCGACGCGCGCAUGGAUAUGUCGGACAUGUGGCUCGUUCUUGUCUACACAGGUUGCCGUCUCUCAAUUACUCAAUCCACAUAAGAACCCUGCCAUGGAAGCGGUGGUGAAAUCGUCCAGUGCGGCGGUUGCCAGACCUACGGGCGGUGUGAGCGCACUGGGUGGUCUGUCGGGGAUAGUUCGAUGUAGAAGGUGUGCCCGAGAAGCGGUGUUUGAUGAUCCCCGUGCCGAAGUGUGGGAAGAUGGUUCGGGGAAGAGAUUUGUUGGAGGGGAUCAAACUACGGUUGUCGUGGUGCCGGGAGUGUUGAAGUAUCUUGAUGUUGAGCUAGCCGCUAUGGGAGUGAAGAUGAAGUUCCAUGUUGAUAAUUAA